AUGGUGAUAGAUUUUCCUUCCCGAGCGGAAACAAUAGCAGUGUGUUGCGCUCUUUUAUUCGAAGCUUUUUUAAUUUUAAUGGGGAAUUUGUUCAUAAUUGCUCUCUUCGCACUAGAGAAGAAGCUGCGCAAGAGAAGCUUGUUUCUGGUCAUAAACAUGGCGUUCGCUGAUGUAAUGUUGGGAGCUGUUUCACUGCCUUUGUAUGUUUACUUGCGGAUUGGUUUUCCACAACUAUGGAUCGUCACAGAAGACGUUGGGGUUGUACUGCACUACUUUUACCUUCACUUUGAUCUCAUUUUCUUGCAGGCCUCGUUAAUCUCUGCCGUCUUUAUAUCAUGUGAAAGAUUUUUCGCCGUCUAUUGGCCACUGAAGCACCUAACAACGUCAACGAGAGCAUACACUAUUGUUAUAAUUAUCAUCUGGACACUCGCUGCUACUACUACCGCAGCCUACCUCCUCACUGGAAAUUUAAUUUCCAACAAGGCAGGUUUUUAUGUUUCUACAAUAAUAUUUUCAAUCUUUAUCUUCGUCCUAUGUGGCUGUAACAUUGGUAUUUGGAGAAAGUUUCACCAGAGAGACGGCGCUUUUCUACAACACAACAGAGUCUCACAAAACCAACGCCUAACAAAAACCUUACUUUUUGUAUCUGCCGCCGCUGUAUUUUGCUGGCUUCCAUAUGUAAUUGUCGACUGCUUAACUGAGGUACUCGAAGUCCCUGUACCUAGAGAGGUUUAUUUUGCCGUAAUCAUGCUAAAUUAUUCCAACUCUUUGUUCAAUCCAAUAAUCUAUGCAUUAACAGUCCCUGAUUAUAGGCAAUCUUUGGUUACAUGUUGUCCAAGACGUCAGGCUGUAGAUGGGACGAACAUAGAAAGGGAAAAUAACUGGACUGAUGUUAGGCUAAGACACAUGCUAAGAGGUUCAACGUCACCUGCGGCAGCGGAUCCCAGUCACCCACACUUGGCGUUUGAAAAUGAGUCUUUUGAGACCAAGUUGUGA